AUGAAUUCAAGUGGUUUAUUUAAAGCAUCAUUCACAUGUUUAUCACAAUUUCCUACUUUUAUACGUUCAAUUAUGAAUGUGGUAUUUUUUGGUAGUGAUCAUUAUGCAUUGCCUCAUUUACGGGCUUUGGAAGAACGUCAAUCUCAGCAUAAAGAUAUUCAAUUACUAUUUGUAGUUACUACUUCAGAUAAAACUCCUAUUGGAUAUCAUUGUAUUCAGAAUAAAAUAGAUCAUAUAAUUUGGCCACGUACACUUCCACAAAAUUCAAUCAUUAUCAAUGCUAUUAGUGAACGUAUAGAAAAGCUGCAAAAUACUAAUGACUAUCAUCGCUUCACCAAACCCCCGAAAUUAUUAGGUCUUAUUGUAUCAUUUGGUCGAUUUCUACCAUAUUCAUUAGUAUCUUUAUUUAAUUAUGGAUGUUAUAAUAUUCAUCCAUCAUUAUUACCAAGAUGGAAAGGUUCUAGUCCAUUAUUGUAUACAUUAUUAACAAAUGAUCAAGUGACUGGAAUCACUUUAUUUCGAUUGAAUCCAAUGCAUAGAACAUUUGAUUCUGGUUCUGUGUUGUAUCAAAAAUCAAUUCGUUUACCUUCUUCUAUUCAAGAGAGACAAUUCACUCCGGAUCAAUUAGCUACUUAUUUAAUGCCACAUAGUAUUAAAGCUAUGUUUGAAGUGAUUUUAUAUCCUAAUUUACCAUAUUUAAUUGGUAUUGAUCAAUCAGUGAUUUCAGACAAAUUUCAACUUCCAAUAACUUAUGCACGUAAACCUCAUCCACGUAUGGGUUUAAUUAAUUGGCAUCGACAAUCAGCUGAAGAUAUUAUUCGUUGCUGGUAUGCAUUUCAAGGUAGUUGUGUAAAUUUAUUCACAGAACUUUGUCUGUUGAAUACUGAUGACGAUGAAGUUGAACAAGAAGAAGAAAAAGAGAAUCAUUCAUUAGUUGCAAAUUUUCGUCUCCUUGAAUGUCCAUUACUGGUACCGCCACCACCCCAUCUGGAUUGUACUUCUAAGAAUAAUGAUGGUCAGUAUAAUACUGAAGCUGACAAUAUCUACUGUCCAGAUUAUGAACCAAAAAUAAUGAAUUAUUUGAAAGAAGCUUCAAUUCUUCUACAUCAACCGUAUACUUUAUCAUUACCACCGGGUAGUAUUGUCUAUUUACGUUCACAAACCGACAGAAAACAUCAUUUAAUCCCGUAUACAUUCAUUGCUUGUAAAUCAUCACAUGAGGUCCAUACUUCCCCUAAUACAACCCCAUUGAAUAAUCAUAAUCAUAAUAAUAAUAGUAAUAAUAAUAAUAAUAAUAAUAAUAAUACGAUGGUAUCAUCAUGGAUAGCUGUGAAACGUUUCCUAGUGAAUUGGCCUAAUUCAUCAACAACAGAUUAUAGACAUUUAACAGCGAUUGACUUGUAUAAUAGUUAUUUUUUAAAAUAUAUUCAUUGUAUAUCCUCAUCAUCAUCGUCGACAUUGGCAACAUCUGUGAUCGAUAAGAAACGACCUUCACGACCAUUAGGUAUUCGUUUGAUUGGUGAAUUUCGAUCAUCAUCACUGCUGAAUAGUAAUCAAGAUUAUAUGCUGAUUAAAUCAUGGAAUGAAUUAACACCGAAUAUUUUUCCUUCAGAUUUACAAUUAUCAUCAUCAUCAAUAUCGUCUGAGAGAUCAAUGAUUGUACAAAAUUGUAAUACAUAGAUGAUAGUUGAAAUAAAUAUUUCUAAUAAUA